AUGCAAGUGUCACAUUUGACUGCUUUCGAGUUACUCUUUACUACUUUGAUCUUCAUCAUCUUGGCCAAGCUUACUUCAAUACUGUACACACAGUUCACUUAUUGGAAGAGGAACAAAGUUCCGUACGUACGGUCAAGUCCUUUAUUUGGAACCGCUUGGAGAGUGUUCUUUCGCCUCGUCAGUUUCCCCAAUUACUGUAAAUAUAUUUACAAUUAUCACCCGGAUGCGAGAUACGUCGGAGUGAUGGAUUUCGCCACGCCGACCGUGAUCGUGCGCGAUCCAAAACUGAUCAAAGAGAUAGCCGUGAAGAAUUUCGACAAUUUCCCGGAUCAUCGAAGCUUCGUCACCGAGGAGAUGGAUCCUGUAUUCGGGAAGAACGUGUUCUCAUUGAAGGGUGACCGAUGGAGGGAGAUGAGGAACACACUGAGCCCCUCGUUCACGGCCAACAAGAUGAGAUUCAUGUUCGAUCUCGUGUCCAAGUGUUCCCGCGAUUUUGUCUCGUGUUUGCACGAUCGUUUGGAAUUUUCCUCCGAGAUCGAGGCGAAGAGCGUGUUCACCAGAUACUCGAACGACGUGAUCGCCACGGUUGCCUUCGGUAUAACCGUCAACUCGAUCGAGGAUCCGGACAACGAGUUCUACAAGAGGGGUAUCGAUGUAUCCACGUUCUCCGGCACGUUUCGUUUCAUAAAAUUCAUGCUGUUCCGUUUGAACCCGCGUCUGACGAGGAUGGCAGGCCUCACGUUCCUGUCCCGCGCUACGUCCAAAUUUUUCUGGAGAGUGAUCUCUGAAACGGUGACCGCUAGGAAGAGACGCGGCAUCGUCAGACCGGACAUGAUACACCUCCUGAUGCGGGCGACCGAUUCCAAGAAGAAAUCCACCCACGAGAUGACCAUCGAUGACAUCGUGGCGCAGGCGUUCAUCUUCUUCCUGGCCGGUUUCGACACAACUUCCACCCUGAUGUGUUACGUGGUCUACGAGCUUGCCCUGCACCAGGAUAUUCAACGGAGGCUGCGCGAGGAAGUGGACCGCCUGUUGGACGAUGGGAUGGAAAUCUCUUACGAGGACACGUUGGGAAUGGAAUACAUGGAGAUGGUGAUAUCCGAGACCCUUAGGAUGCAUCCACCGACGUUGUUAAUCGACAGACAGUGCGCCAAGGAGUUCCAUUUGCCUCCAGCGGGUCCAGGCUACGAAGGUGUUACGAUACAUCCCGGUGAAAAUAUUUGGUUCCCCGUUUUCGCGAUCCAUCGUGAUCCCGCGCAUUUCCCCGAUCCGGACAACUUCGAUCCCGAACGAUUCAAUCGUGAGAAUAAGAAUGGCGUCGAUCCUUACGCGUACAUACCUUUCGGGGUUGGCCCCAGAAAGUGCAUUGGCAAUCGUUUCGCGUUGAUGGAAACCAAACUUUUGAUCGUUCAUCUAUUGCGAAAGUUCGUUAUAAAGCCUGGCGAGAGAACCAAGCAUCCCAUUGUGUAUAAGAAGGCUGAUUUCACGUUGAUGCCGAAAGAUGGGUUUUGGAUCACUUUCGAGAAGAGAAACAAUUAAUUAAACUUACCUUCUUUUAUUACAUGUUAUUUAUAACAUCGAGGUACGCUUGAUGGCGAAGGAUAAUUCGAUAAAGACAGGUUGUAUUUCUGGUAAAGUUUAAUCUAAAUUCUAAUUUUAGUUUCAAUUUUUUGAAACUAAAAAUC